GGCGCUGCCAGUCACAGAACCCGAUUUCCGGGUGCGGAGCAGCUGCAGCGCCGGGAGCAUGCGGAGGGUGACCCUGUUCGUCAAUGGCAGCCCCAGGAACGGGAAGGUUGUGGCUGUUUAUGGGACUUUAUCAGACUUGCUGUCUGUGGCGAGUAAUAAACUUGGAAUUAAAGCAACCAGUGUGUACAAUGGAAAAGGCGGACUCAUUGAUGACAUCGCUUUAAUUAGGGAUGAUGACGUUUUGUUUGUUUGUGAAGGGGGACCAUUUAUUGAUCCUCAGACAGAUGCAAAACCUCAUGAAGAACUAACAGGAGCACACACAGAUUGGUUAACGUUAAAUGUCGGAGGGCGAUAUUUUACAACCACACGGAGCACUUUAGUUAAUAAAGAACCUGAAAGUAUGCUGGCCCAUAUGUUUAGAGAUAAAGAUGCCUGGGGAAAUAAGAAGGAUCACAGAGGAGCGUUCCUAAUUGACCGCAGUCCAGAGUAUUUUGAACCAAUUCUGAACUAUUUGCGUCAUGGACAGCUCAUUGUAAAUGAUGGCAUUAAUUUACUAGGUGUUUUGGAAGAAGCCAGGUUUUUUGGUAUUGAUUCACUGAUUGAACACCUAGAAGUAGCUAUUAAGAAUUCACAGCCAGCAGAGGACCAUUCUCCUAUAUCACGAAAGGAAUUUGUCCGGUUUUUGCUGGCAACCCCAACCAAGUCUGAGCUACGCUGUCAGGGUCUAAAUUUCAGUGGAGCAGAUCUUUCCCGUCUAGAUCUUCGGUACAUAAAUUUCAAGAUGGCCAACUUAAGCCGCUGCAACCUAGCACAUGCCAACCUAUGCUGCGCAAAUCUGGAGCGAGCUGACCUCUCUGGAUCAGUGCUCGAUUGUGCAAACCUUCAAGGUGUAAAGAUGCUUUGUUCCAACGCAGAAGGAGCAUCACUAAAAGGAUGCAAUUUUGAAGAUCCUUCGGGCCUUAAAGCUAACCUGGAAGGUGCUAACCUGAAAGGUGUGGACAUGGAAGGAAGUCAGAUGACAGGAAUUAAUUUAAGAGUAGCAACGCUGAAAAAUGCAAAGCUAAAAAACUGUAACCUCCGAGGAGCAACUCUGGCAGGAACUGACUUGGAGAAUUGUGAUCUUUCAGGGUGUGAUCUACAAGAAGCUAACUUGAGAGGAUCUAACGUAAAAGGAGCUAUCUUUGAAGAGAUGCUGACACCUUUACAUAUGUCUCAGAGUGUCAGAUAGGACCAGGAAGAGCUGAUGGGAAGGAAACUGGCUGACCAGAAAGAAAAGUGAAACACUUAGACUUUCUUUCUCCACCCACUCUCCUUACUAGUCUUGAAAUAAUAUUUUAUUAUGUAACUUAUAUUCAGUAGUGCCUACAGAGAAUGUUGUUUUUCUUCUUUUUGGGAGGAACUUUUUAUUUAUUAGCAGCAACAUCUACCCCUAUCGCUACCUUUUUGAAUAGAGCAGGGGAAAUGGGUUGGCUUUAGAGACAGAUUUUUUUAAAGCAUUUUUUAUCAUCACCUCAAUUCAGAAUAGAUGUUAAGGAUUUUAAUUUAUAAAA